AGGAGUUUGGCGAUCUAACAUCUCCCUCGUAAAAUUUUGGACAUAGGCCGAUUGACAACAAAGUGGUUUCGUGCGAAACAUUAUUUAUUUUAAAUGAUUACAUAUUAUAAAGUGUUGAAAACGGAAAGCCUGUUACUGAUAUAAAAAUAGUGGAGGACAAAAUAUGAAGAGACGAAAUGCCGAAUCUGGCAAGAUGCGGCGCCCCAUGAAGCGCACUAAAAUCACUGAAGGAAUGUAUGGAAAUUCUAUGUGUUACCUGAAGUUUGUGAUGCUCUGGGCAACAGUCAUCAUGGCAGACAAUAUGCUGGAGUUCAGAUUUGAAUUUCUCUGGCCGUUUUGGAUGAUGCUCAGAUCAGUGUAUGAUUCAUUCAAAUAUCAUGGUGUUGCGUUCUCAGUGUUCUUCAUUUGUAUAGCAAUGACUUCAGAUAUGCUAUUUUUUUUCUUCAUACCAAUACAGUACAUAUUUUUCGCCGCCAGUACAUAUGUGUGGGUGCAAUAUGUAUGGUACACAUUUGCCGACCGCGGCGUGUGCCUGCCGACGGUGGCGCUGUGCUGCCUGGUGGUGUACGCAGAGGGCGCGGUGCGGGGCCGCGUCGGCGCGCUCGAGCUGUGGCGGCCGCUGGCGGCGCACUGCGUCGGCUACCCCGCGCUCUCGCUCGGCUUCGGCGUAAAGGCGUACGUCGGUCAGCGGUUACGUCAGCGUCGCCAGCGUCAGGUGCGCGCCGAGAACGAGUUCUACUUCCAGCUCAUGAGGGACGCGCUGCCGGAGAGCGCGCUCGAACAGAAUAAAGAAGAACGCGCGAGCGGUGUCAGUGACACCGGGAGAUCCGCGGGUGCGGACGAGUCGCCGGACGCGCGACACAACUCGCUGCGGCGGCGGCGCGACCACAGCGACGCCGACGACCAUAUACACGUUAAGUUAGAUAAGUUAGAGAAGCACCUCGCGCAGCAGACGGCGGCGCGCGAGCGGGACAAGUCCGCGCAGGGCGCCGCGACGCCCAAAGCCAACGGACAGCCAAGUUCUAACGGCGUGAACAGUCAGUCGGCGACGCCUCACGCGCACACCAACGGCGCCGCCAGCGGGCCCGGUGCGCCACCAGAUGACAAGCACGAUAAUAAAGGUGCGGGAAAGUCAUCGAAACAUGACAAGAAAGAGGCUAGUAGUGUAAGAGAAGAGAAGAAGAAAAACAAAAAUAGAGAUAAGGAUAAGGAGAACACUGAUAGUAAUAAGUGUACAGAACAGAAUAAGGAAUUUUUAAUUAAGGAAGUAGAAAGUACAAAAGAAAAUAUAAAAAGUAACAAAGAUAUAAAUAAUUUCAAAGAAAAAGAGAGGGAGAGAAAAGAGGAAAAAGAAAGGGAGCUUAGAGAGAAAGAAGCGAGGGAGAAGAGAGAAGAGAAGGAGAGAGAGGCGAGAGAAAGAGAGCAGAAAGAGAAGGAGCAGAGGGCGAAAGAGAACCGCUGCUUCACGGAGGAGCUACGGCGGGUGCGAGCCGAGCUGGCGGCCGCGCGGAGCGGCGAGGCGGAGGCGCGGCGCGCGCUCGCCGCAGCCGCCGCCGCCGACCGCCGCCGAGCCGCUGACCUCGCGCACCUCAGGCAUGCGCAUGCGCAGCUGCAGAACAAAGUAACGUCGAUACGCACCGGCGAGCGCGCGGCGUUGGAGCGGCGGCUGAGCGAGGAGCGGCGCGCGCGCACCGCCGCCGAGCAGCUCCUCAGGGCGAGACCGCUCGACGGUGAAUGCGACAACGAGUGGUGCAAGUCGCGGCGGAGCGCGCAGGAGGGCGAGGUGACGUCACUGCGGCGCGAGCUGCAGCGGGCGCGCGAGCGGCAGGCGGCGCUGCAGCGGGACCUCGCCGCCGCCACCGAGCAGGUGCGGGGCGGGUGUGGGGAGAGCGGGUCGUGCGCGGCGCUCCGCGAGCGGGCGACGCACCUCGAGCGCUCGCUGUCGGCGGAGACGCGCGUCAAGUUGGACCUGCUGUCCGCGCUCGGCGACGCCAAACGACACAUUAUGAUACAGGAGGAUUUAAUAUCCAGACAAGAGAAGGAGAUAGAGGAACUAAAAGCUCAAAUGUUGGCGGUGAUGCCGUCGGAAUACAUGACCCCCGUGAACAGUACAGUGUCGAAAGUGUCCAAACUUCGCCUGUCAGACGGAUCACCGUUGGACCCAAACGCUUCAGUGUACACCCCCAAGAUGCAGCAGCUAUGCUCGGAUGCCUAAACCUUUAACCACAGGUGAGCUGAGGGUGUGUGAUCAUCCAUUUUUGACAUUUCUAUCUGUGUUAUGUUUCUGGGGUUUUUCUAAUGUAGUGAUUGGUCAAUGUUUUGAUGUCAACCAAUCAAAAGCUAUAGUGAAUUGAUAAACUUCAGUAAAAAUACUUUAGGAACUAGGCGUUGGUGAUUGUGCUGAAAUAUUUAUUUUAUAAUGGAACAUUAUAAUCUUCCAUUAUAAAAAAUAGGCAAGUCACAGCAGUAUGUCAAAUAAUUAUUUGACAUACUGCAGCUGCGACUAGCAUAUUUUUAUUAGUCAUCCAUUGUAAAAUUUGGAGACUUUGAUAAGGUGGCCAGUAAAUUUCGGGCUCAUAAAACUGGCAGGCCGUACCUUGUGUAGUAAUAUCUCAGCACAGUUGCAAUGACGAUGACAGUUGAAAUGACAAAAAUGGGGGAUGUCUGUCAAUGCACACCCUCACAUCAUCACAACACGGAUCUCGGUGCAUGAGCUCUGAUCUCAUUAUCCGUUCGACUAAAUCUAAAACUGCUCCUGUCCGGGAUCCGUGCUGUGUUCCGGACUAUUUUUAACGAGUGAUACAGAGUGAUUAUUUUUUCAUAACUUUUAUCCGUUGAGGUUGAAUAUUUUCGUCGUCCUUGGGUGAACUCGCAUAAUAUGGUCUGUGAUUUUUUUGUUGUUACUACAUUUUUUUUUCCUUUUUUGAAUACGGUUUUUUUAAUGAGUUGUGACAUUAUUUGUAAUAGAUAGUAACAAAAUGAGGUCUGUAAUGGCAGUAUUUACAGUAAAUAUUGUAUUGCAUUUUUUUGAGAGCUGCUCAAAAAUAAUAUUAAUGGCAAACUUAAUCGGAAAUCCUAGCAGUACAAAAAAAUUAUAAAGUUUGCCAUUUUCAAAACAUUAGUUUACAAACCUACCUAGGUAUCAAACCAAAGGACAAGUGUGUGUUUCACAAAUGCUUGUUGAAGUUUAUUGAUUAUAUCUCUUUUCCUUCUCGCUGUUUGUAUUAAUGAAAGAGAAGGCAUUACACCGUAGACGCUACUAUUUAAAUUGGAAUAUAAUCUCUGAGAGCAUUUAAUUAAAUCUCUUCCCAAGUGUCUGAGGAAAAUAUCAACCUGUAGUCUUUCCGAUCGCACUAUUUGAAGUUUUAUUUGAAUUUAUGUGAUAUAUUGUACAAAAGAUCUGACUUCCUGUUAUACAAAUGUUAUGGGCGCAGUGUAUAAAUUGAAUUUUGAUAAAAAAAAAACAUUUUGAACAACUCUUUUGUGAAUUAAUCAACAUGACAUCAAAUUAAGUACAAGCCGCGCACAACUAUAAGAUCGCUCGACGUAAUUAGGUACAAUAUCUACUAAUAACAUAAUCUACUAAUGUGUACUUCGGCUACGGCCUCAGAGGCCGUAGCCGAUUGCCGAAGUCCCUUUCG